ACCCAAUACAUAGGAUCGAAGCUUAUGUAGAAGAAAAAAUAGUGGGACGAAACCGCCAGCGUCGCCGGGACGCAGCUCCUCUGACGUACGGCGCACUCGCUGACGUGUGGACCCGGACCCACGCGUCAGUGGCCCAACGUCAGGUGGCCGUACGUCAGGGGAUCCGGCUCCGCGUCGCCGGCCACCACAGAUGACCGCCACUAUGAGCCGCCGCCACACCAAGAUCGAGCAGCCCUCCGCCGAUUCGCCUGACAAGACCUCGUCAGCCGGCCCAUCUGGUAAUGUACCAGAGGCCGCGCCGCCUCUUCCUCUUCUCCCAGGCGCCACGAGGAGGAGGAGGUGAUCCCCGCCCCGCCGCGGAAGCGCUGGGAAGAUCCGCGCUCUCUGAGGCUCAGGCUGCUGAACCUCAUCCGUACCUUCUACCUGGAGGCGCUCUCCCGCCUGCCCGCCGCCCGACUCUGGAGCACGCACGCCCGCGGCGUCCUCGUCGCCGGCCACUGCUACGGGCCCCUCUCCCCUGUCGACAAUAUCCUCGUCAACGCCAUCUGGUAUGACACCGCCUUUCCCCGCCGCCCCACCGUCGACUUUCACUUCGGCGAUGUGCUCGAGAUCAGCCCCGAAUGCAUCGCCCGCAUCGCUCACCGCUCCCUGGAGGGUCUCAUCGCCUGCCUCCUUCACCUCUGCCCCUCCCUCUCCCGCGACGACGCGCUCUGGCACCUCCACCUCUCCAAGGCCGACCUCUCCCGAGCCAUCGCUUCUGCCUCCGAUUCCGUCUCGGCGCCCACCCAAGCCGCCUUUCUCAAGGCCGCCGAGGCGGCGCACCACCCCAUGCCACACGCUUUGGCGCUCUUCGUCUCCUCGGUAUUUCCCAAGGUUGAGCGUGAUGCGAGAAUGCUUCUCUGCGUCAACCGGGCGCUCACCGCCCCUGAGCUCGACCGCCUCUCUGACAUGCUGGUGCCCUCCCCGCUUCCGGAGGACCUCUAUCCUCCUCCCCCACUGGUGACGUCCUGGGUGGCCGCCGUAAUCAAGUCGCGCAUCGAAGGCUGCAAAUAUUCCCAGGAAGCCUCACGCCAGCUGGUUGAGACUGCAUUAUCCAAAUAUGCUCAGCAAACAGGCCAACAUUACGAGCUCCAUUUAGUCUGUGGCAUAAAUUUGUUCAUCCAAUCCGAAGCCUUUUGGCACAUCAACUUCUUGGCACGGGCAAAGGACGCUGCUGGUGAACUGCCCAUUUACUUCUUCGCCGAAGCAACGGUUGCAAUGGGCGAGGACGACGAAUUCCUGGAGGAGGAUAUCGUCUUGUGCUGCCCAAUCAAACCGGCUGGAAUUGGUGGGUGUGGAGCUUGUACUGCCCAAUAUAAAAAGCUCAACCACCCUAUUGACAAAGAACACCAUGGUGGAUUGGAUGACUAUGACGAAGAGAUUGGGAAUGGAGAUGAUCACUGGGAUUAUAAAUUUCCUCAGCUUGUAGACUUCAUCAUGUUUGAUGCUGAGGACUGUGCAACUGUACGUCAUAUAGAGAAGCGCUUUCCUCCUAGGCCCGACGGGGAUGAAAGCGCCGAGAAUUUAUGGAUCACUGAAAUGUGAUAGCAGUUGACAGUAGUAAUUUAUAGUUAUGCUUACAUAGAGCAUUUGGCAUGUGGUGUCUUUCUGAAGAAUGUUGUUUUAGUACUGUUUUUGUGCUGUUUCGGAAGAUAUCUCUUGUUGGCAUUUGCCAUGUUGUUAUGAAUGUUGGUAUAACUAAUAUCUUAAAACGAAAAUUGUAUAUGCCCAA